UCCUGUUUACGGGCGGGAAGAGCGAACCUUAGCUGACUGUUGCUCUCGUGCUUAAACUGGCGGCGCGUUUGUUUUUUUAAAUGUCAGUGUUUAAUUUAAAGGCACACGAAGGUCAGGAAGAAACGUUUUAAGUGGGACGUUUGUUAAAACUAAAAGUUUAUUUUUCUUCCUUUCCCACUUGGAGAGAGUGCAGCCCUGAUGGAGGAGCCUCCUGCGGAUUCCGGCGGCGGUGCGGCGGCGGAGGGCCCCGCGGUGCAGGUGACCGAUAUCUGCUGGCCGCCUGGAGCUCCAGCUGUCCGGCUGCUGGAGUGGAAGGUCAAACCGGGCUCUCUGGUUAACGUGGACUCGGUGCUGGCGCUGUGUGUGCCCGUACCACAGGAGAAGGCUAACCGGCAGCCGGAGAGGAAGCUGAAGUCGGACCGUGCCGGAGUGGUGAAGGAGCUAUGCUGGCAGCUCGGACAGGUCGUACCUCCAGGGGGUGUCAUUGUUAAAAUAGAAGGAUGCAGCCAUCCAGUCGUGAUGAAGGGUUUGUGUGCUGAAUGUGGUCAGGAUCUCACGCAGUUGCAGAGCACGAAUAGGAACCAGCAAACUCCCAUCUCCAUAGCAACUGUCUCCAUGGUGCACAGUGUGCCUGAGUUGAUGGUCAGCUCAGAGCAAGCAGAACAGUUGGGUAGAGAAGACCAGCAGAGACUCCACCGCAACAAAAAGCUGGUCCUGAUGGUGGAUCUGGAUCAAACCCUGAUCCACACCACUGAACAGCACUGCCAGCAUAUGUCCAAUAAGGGUAUUUUCCACUUCCAGCUCAGCAGAGGCGAGCCUAUGCUUCACACACGUCUGCGUCCGCACUGCAAGGAAUUUCUGGAGAAAAUCGCCAAACUGUACGAGUUGCACGUCUUCACAUUUGGAAGCCGCCUUUAUGCACACACCAUUGCUGGCUUUCUGGAUCCAGAAAAGAAGCUUUUCUCUCAUCGGAUUCUUUCGAGAGAUGAAUGCAUUGACCCUUUCUCCAAGACUGGGAAUCUUCGGAAUCUUUUCCCUUGUGGCGAUUCAAUGGUCUGCAUCAUUGAUGAUCGAGAAGAUGUUUGGAAGUUUGCACCUAACCUCAUCACUGUCAAGAAAUACAUCUACUUCCAGGGUACAGGGGACAUCAAUGCUCCACCAGGAUCCAGAGAAGCUCAAACGGCCAAGAGAGCAGGUGUCCUGCCAAGCCGGAUAGCAGAGGGCAUAGAGCCAGCAGGGAUGCAUGAUGCAGAUGAGCAAAAUAACGGCUUUCAUAAAAGGGAAAAAGACCACAACACUCCUGGGAAGGAUGAGUCCACAGCAUCCCAGUCUUCUCAGGGAGUACUUACAAAUGAACGGACACAUUCUGCAGGCUUUGAGGAGGACAAACUGGGUCAGGAUGAAGAGUCUAAAACUGAGAAUGAUUCUGGGGUAUGUUUGAAAGAUAAUCAGGCUGAUGACAGAACAAUUGUGAAGGAAGAUGAUAGUAGUAGGACAUUGACAAAAGAGUCGCAGGACACUGUAGAGUCAAAUUCAAGUCCCAAUGCCAAUAACCUAGACUUUGACCUUUCUAGUGAUAGUGACAGUGACUCCAUCACAGAGAAGCCUCCUUCAUUACAGCAUGGUGAUGAAGGUAACAGGUCACAGUCGAAAUCAAGACAGGGAGGAGUGACGCAACUCAGUGAUGGAGCCGAGGCAAGCAAAGGGGACAUUACAGAUAAAAGUGAAGCUCAGAACACGUCUGAUGUAGCAGAACCUUCAGGAGUUCUCCUCCCAGGCCAAGAGUUGGGGAAUGGCUGCUCUGAUAGAAGGGAAACAGAAACAGAGUCGCAGAAUAGUGAACAAUCUGGAGUCACCACGGGUGAGGAAUUACUUGACCAGAGUAUGGAGGAUGAAGUAGAGGAAGAAGCUGACAGUGACGAGGACGACUACUUGAUCUACCUGGAGGAAGUGCUGGAAAGGAUCCAUGUAGCGUACUAUGUGCAUUACGAGGCAUAUCUGAGGAAAGAGGCCUCAGAAAUGCCAGACAUGCGCAAGAUUGUUCCUGAGCUGAAAAGCAGGACACUGGAGGGCACCACCAUAGUGUUUAGUGGACUCUACCCAACUAACUACCCCAUGGAGAGGACCCGUGAGUACUACCACGCCAAGGCGCUAGGGGCCAAGAUUGGCAAGAAUCUGAUUCUUAGUUCCCAAGAUCCCAGCCGGACAACGCAUCUCAUCGCAGCAAGAGUUGGCACCGAGAAGGUGCGUCAGGCACAGGGCUGCAGGCACCUCCACGUCAUCAACCCUGACUGGCUGUGGACCUGCCUGGAACGCUGGGAGAAAGUGGCGGAGAUCCUGUACCCGCUAAAAGAAGACUACUCCAAGACUUCACGGAGCAACAGUCCAGCAUCUUUCCCUGACAGUCAGGAGUCCCAGCAGAACCAGGUUUUUCAGCAUGUUCCCGUCCAGCACAGAGUUCCACCACCACCCCCUGAAAUACGGACCUACGACCCCGUCACAGGGAAGCUGAUCCGCAGGGGCUGUCAGACAUCCCGUCCACCCCUCUACUGCCAGACUUCAGAGUCUUUGUUGCUGUCCGAUCACAGAGAUAACUCUGGUCUCAGGGGAAGCUCCAAUAGUCAGGAAGGUGAGACUGUGGGCUGCAGCCUAGACCAAGAGCAGCCAGGCCCAUCUCGACGAAAACGACAGCCGAGCAUGUCUGAAACUAUGCCUCUAUACACGCUUUGCAAAGAGGACCUAGAGAGCAUGGACAGAGAGGUGGAUGACAUCCUAGGCGAGGAGAGUGACAAUGAGAGUGAAGAGCGCGGGAAGGAGAAACCAAAUAAUGAGGAGGUAGAUGAAGAGGAAGAACAGCAGCAGCCAGCAGCAUCACAGAGAACAGGACCGGGGUCCAGUCCUCAGGCACUGAGGUCGGAGGAGAGGAUCCAGAGUGCGUCCGGCCAAGCCAGUCUGCCUGGGGAACGGAGACCCCACAAACGUAAGCAUGAUGACGUUAAUGAGGACGAGGCGGAGUUGUUGGACUCUGCUGAGGAGCCUGCCAAAGAUUCCAACGAGGAGGAAGAGGAGGAGGAGGGCAGCAGCUCGGAGGCAGAUGAGAUGGCUGCUGCCUUGGAGGCGGAGCUCAAUGACUUCAUGUGACGAAUAAAUGAAGGGACACCUGAAACGGCUGCGUUUGUAUCCUAUUUCUCUCCACUUCAGAUUCGGUGUGAGCGCUUCAGCCACACGUGUGCUGUCAUGAAUGAAUGUUCUGUACAGAAUUCUGUCUCUAUGAUAUAUUACGAUGUAAAUAGGUCUUCAUUUGUUUUUUGUUUUUUCUAGGGUUGGCGUUUUUGGCAUUAAAAAAAAUAACAUUUUAUUGUGAGAUAACAUACUAUAGGAAAUCUGACUUUUGAUACAUCUUUUUUCUAUUUCAAGUUUUAUAUUAAUGAGAACAAAAAAUUGUUGUAAAUUGUAAAAUUUGCUGUUUGUACAUGCCAAAGAUUUCGGAGUACAUUUGCUAAGGUGUGCAGCUAAAUAUUUUACUCUAUUUCUGGUUUUAUUUUCCUUUUCGAUUGUUUUUAGGAUUGUUAUUGCAACCAGCAGGUGUGGACAUUUGAAUGUUUUCAUCAACUUUUUGUGGCGAUUGCAUAUGUACAUUUGUUGUCGUACUGGUAAAAUAAGCUUCUUUGUCUUUUGUAAUGUUUCUCGUAAAACCCAAAUUUAGUCCUAUUCAGUGGUUUUUCUUUUUUUGGAAGGGGGAGUGGGGGUCCAUAUGGUACAUCAUCCCACUGAGAGUGCUGUUUAUUCAGAACAGUCACUUUUUAAGUAGACCACUACUCAUUUACACAGGAGUUUCUCAACAGUCAAGCGAUUGUUCCAUUAAGGUUGCACAAGGGAAGAUUCUUACAGGAUUCAAACAAACAGUCUAAAUCCUCAUUGUUUCCUGCAGAAAGGAAUAAAUUGAAGCUUAGGAGUGCAAAAGUCCCAUCAUCUGUCUGAUUGCUAAUUAGCAAAGAAUGUUGUUGUACAAAUUUACAUCCAGGAGCAUGUUUUCAUGGUUGCUGUGUGUGACAUUAAUAGACUGUGAUUGUAUUUAUCCAAUGCAGGAACUGACCUUCUGCACAGCAAAAAACAAAGUUGCUUAAUACCGUUAAAAACCCUAGAAUACCUCUAACGGCCAUAGUUGUUUGACAGAAUUCAAUCGUCAACAUAUUGUUUACUCUUAAAUCACAGUAGCAUGUUCACUUUGAGCGAUUUGAGGUCGUUAUUUACUUGAUGUUUAUUAAUCACAAUAAUUUAGUGUCUUUAUAAAGUCUAAACAUGGUUGUAAAAUUAAUAUAGUAUCAGCAGCUGUACUCAGUUUGUUUCACAUGCGUACUGGUCAUACGUGAAAAAUGAUUGUAGUAGACACCGUUUGACCAUUGUACUUUCCUGACAUCCCCAUUUGCAUAUGUAGGUUUUGAACAAUCAACCCCCCCCCCCCCCCCAUAUACAUACAUUUGCUUGGUGCUGCAAUUUUAAUUUCACAUCUCAUUUGUAGGCUUUUGUGAGAAGCUCCAACCAGACAAAUAUCACAUAUUUUAGACAUUUUUGUUGGGUCACAAACAGCAACUGUCCAGACACAGGAGAGCAUGUGUCGAGUUCCAUAUUUUUUGUGUGUGUGGUUUGCUGCUUUCUUAAACCAUGAAUGCAUCAAAAAAAAAAACCACCGCCACCGAUUUGUUGUGACAAUAAUCCUGUUAUAUUCUUGUUUCCUUAGUGGUGGUUUUGUCACAUUUUCAAGGAACUGACAUGUGAAAUAUUUGUAAAUUAUUUACUAUUUCACCCUGAGAGAAAAGAUACUUUGAUUCAAUAAAGAUGUUGUUUAUCAAUGCUU